AUGGCAGAGGGGGAUGCAACCAAAAAGCCUGCCAGGAGGCACGCGAGCCGCAACCCGGUCCUGGCACGGAGCAUUGGCCGUUACUCCCGCUCGGCCAUGUUCGCCCGCAGGGCUAUGUACAAGAGAAAGACCAAGGUCACUGUGACCAGGGUGGAGAAGAAGCUCAAAGCAAAGCCCCGAACUACUGUCGUCAAGACCGUCGGCGGAGACAAGAACGGCGGCACCCGUGUUGUCAAACUGCGCAAGAGGCCACGCUACUACCCCACAGAGGAUGUUCCCCGCAAGUUGAGGAGCCACGGGAAGAAGCCCUUCAGCCAGCACAGAAGGCGGCUGCGUUCCUCCAUCACGCCGGGCACUGUCCUCAUCCUGCUCACCGGGCGCCACCGUGGGAAGCGCGUCGUCUUCCUGAAGCAGCUGUCCAGCGGGCUCCUGCUCGUCACUGGUCCCCUUGUCUUGAACAGAGUUCCUCUGCGCAGGGCUCAUCAAAAGUUUGUCAUUGCCACCAACACCAAGGUGGACAUCACCCCCAUGAAAAUCCCCAAGUCUCUGAAUGACAUCUACUUCAAGAAGAAGAAGCUGAGGCGACCCCGUCACCAGGAGGGCGAGAUCUUUGACACGGAGAAAGAGAAGUACAUGCUGACUGAGCAGCGGAAGAAGGACCAGAAGGCUGUGGACUCUCAGCUCCUGCCACUUAUCAAGAAAGUUCCCCAGCUCAAAGGAUACUUGCGCAGUUCCUUCUGCCUUUCUAAUGGCGUGUUCCCUCACAAGCUGGUUUUCUAA